GCAUGCGUAAGAAUAGCACGGUCAUAGGCGCCGAAUACAGAGACGGCGGGGCAGGUCGACGGGCCAGACAAGGGUCGCCGCUGUGGCCCCAGCUCGCAUGCCCUUCCUCCCGUCCUCUCACCAAGGGCCGUCUCCCCUCCUCCUCCAAGCACCGUCCGCCGGCCCCCUCUGACGACCACACCUGCCCGCCAUGCCCCCGACGUCCCUGGGUCGCCAGCUUCGCUGCUGGCUGGUCCUCGUCCCCGCCCUCUGCGCCGCCUCCGCGCGCGCGGCAGGCUCGAACAGCGGCGGUACGAACACGAGUCUCGCCAUGAUCAUAUUGUAUGCGAUUACCGGAUGUGUGUCGGCGCUCUUCUGCGUGGUUAUCGUUUCCGGUGCUAUCCGCGCGAUCCGGCACCCCGAGCGAUAUGGGCCUCGCACAGGCGAGGGCGAGUUCGCCGGUUCAUUCCCGGGCCAAUCUCGUGCGCGCGGCCUGACCAGAGCGAUCCUCGACACAUUUCCUGUUGUCAAGUUCGGGGUGGAAACCUCGCAAUCAACACAAGGACAAGGGAAGGACAUGGAGAUGGGUGAUGUAAAGAGCUACAAGGGCGACGAGGAGCGGGACAGCGCGAGCCUCGAUGACGACGACAAGUAUACUCUAGAGGACGACGCCGACGGUGCACAUGCGAACGCGCGCGCGCACGAACGGCGAGUCAGCUGGGCACCGCAGCCGCCGCUUGAGCGAAGAGACGAGGGACGGGAACACCCCUCGGGCGUACAAGAAGAGGACAUCACGACCAACGCGCACAAGCCUGGCAGCUCAACGUCAGAAGAACCCAUCGCGGGCCCGUCCUCGCCGACGCAACUCUCGCCCGACCGCGACCUCCCGCCCGUGCGCCCGCGCCCGCGUCCCGGGCGCUCGUCGACGCAGGGCCGCCCCCUGUCCGCACCGGCGGGCGAGAAGGAGAAGGACGUAGUGCCAGACGCGAUCGGGACGGAGACGUGCCCAAUUUGCAUUCUCGACUUCGAGGAGGGCGAUGACCUGCGCGUGUUGCCGUGCGAGGGGAAGCAUCGCUUCCAUAGAGAUUGUGUGGACCAGUGGCUGUUGGAGCUGAGCAGCAGUUGCCCGAUCUGUCGACAGGACUUCCAAGCCCUCGAGACGAUGAUGAUGGGGGGCGACUCUGCGGACGGCGACCACCUCGAGCCACCGCACCCGCACUACGCACAACGGCCGCUGUCCAGCGCCGCGGCGCGUUUCUCGCGGUAUCUACGGUUUGCGCGGAGGCGGCACGGGCAUCGCACGCGGGACCGGCGGGAGGGACGAGAGGACGGCAGCGGGUACGACAUCACGGACCCGCCGAUGCCGCUGUCGCCGGAGAUGAGGUUCUGAGUCGCGUAUCGCGUGCUCCUGCUGGAGGAUAGGGCGACUUGGAUGUAAUAUCCUGGUCCCGCCGUUCGCCCACUUCCUGCACCCGUCGUCUCCGGCGUUGCCGACCCCGAGCCCCGUCCGUCCCUCGUCCUUCGUUAAUCUGUGGUUCGCACACCCGUCCGCCUGGUUCGUACGGUCUGCGCCGCGCUCUCUCUCGCCUCAUCCUCUGUCCCCCCGCCAGGUCUGUAUUAUCGGUUCAUUGUUGUCGUUUAUGUGCUUAGGACCCGCUCCUGCGUCUGUUGUUGUCUGUAAUCUAGUACGCCAGGAUCCCAUGUUGUAAAACACCACGCGCACGUAUAUAUCGCGUUCCUGUUCACCUCCGUCAUACGGCC